AUGAAUUUCACAAACGUGGUGCUGGAAACACCAUUGAUUGUGGAGAAAUCAAGGUUCAGCUCGACGGCGAUUCUUUUCUCGCAGCGACAAAACAGCCAGGAAGAGUACUGUGACGUAGUACAUCAUCAAGCUGAUGACCAUUUUCGACCCAACUAUGAUCGGAUCAGGCUGAAGCGUUUAUCUGUGUUGGAUUUAUCGAUGUGCGUUAUUUGCCGUUGUGAUAUUAAGUACAACAACCAGCGGAAAACUCUGAAAUGUGACCAUGCAUUCCACGUGAAAUGCAUCAAGCAGUGGGUUGCGUUCCAGAACAUAUGCCCGAUUUGCAGAAUUGAAUUGUAG